AUGACGACCAGUGAUGAGAUGGGAAUGGGUGGCAAUUUCUGCCACGACCACAUCCAACAUCCUCUGAUGUGGUGCGAUGAGAAGAAGCGUCUUGUGGAGCGCAAGAAUGCCGAGGAGAGUCUUCGGAUGUGGCGGCGCAGGAAGGCGGAGGAGUGUGCCCGCAAGGAGAAGGAUAAGCAAGAGUACUACGACCUGUUCCAUCAGCACUGUCCCUGGGGUCGUCCUGGCGGUGGAGCGCCCAACGUAGAGGUGAGGCGCAAGGACAUCACAGCCGUUGGCCUACACUCCACGCCCACAGUGACCACCGCCCACCGGAUGAACUCCCUGCAGCCGUGUCGCUACAACGACUUCUUCUCGAUGCAAAAGAAGUGCCACAACAACCCGCUGGCGGCCUAUCAUCACCACCACCAUCAUGCCCCGCCUGCUCCGCCUGGCCAGCGACUGCCCCAUGCCCACUCCGUGCAUCAUCUGCAGGAGAGCGGUCCGAGGAGCAGCACAGUGACCAUUUGCGAGCGGGAGAUACCCCACAAGCCCGGCGCCGGUGUGGGCGUGGGCCUGGCCAAGAAUGCCAACGGCCAUGUGGACAUCGAGCUGCGCUACAAGCCCUCGCCGCCAUGCAAGGGCAAGCCGCUGCUGGAUAAGAUCGUGGUCAGCGAGAGCGAGCAGCGGUGUCCGCUACAGGAGAAGCUGGCCACGCAGAAGAAGCGUCUGCAGGCGAAGCUGGAAAAGCCGCCCUGCAAGGAGCCUUGGGGCAAGGCAGGUCCUGGCGGCAAGCCCUGGCGGAGUCCCAAGGACCAACAGGGCAACACUUUUAUGAAGUCUUUGGGCUGGACUAACAAGGAGAUGCUCAAGGAGUUGGACCAGGACAACCCAGUAACGCCGGCGGAGAAGAACACCUUCCGCAAGUCGAGGCCCGGCAAGCUGCCGAAGCCGCAGCGCUGCUGCGAGAUGUGCACCUGUAACUGUCCCGCCAUGAAAGGCGGCAGUCCGCCGAAGCCUUCGCCGCCUGGAAAAAAGUGUCCGGGACCGCCGCCGCCAGGUCCGCCCUGUCCGCCAGGACCUCCCAAGAUUGUCCACCACCUGAAGCCGCAGGACUGUAAGCCCAUUAGGCUGUGCCCGCGGAUGGCUGCACGUGGACCAUGUCCGGGCAGCACCAGUACCGCCACGCCAGAUGCCAGCACAGCGGGACAUGGAGCCGACGAAGGUGGCGGCGUAGAGCUGGUGCCGCUGCUCGCCCGGAGACGCGGCAUGCAUCGACCCAUCAGCCUGUCCAGCACGGAUGUCACCAAGAGGACGCCCUCGCACGAUAGGUACGCAUUGAAGCACAAGCCCCCGACCUGUCAGCAGACCAAGAUCAAGUGCAUCAACAGCAUCAUCAAGAACAUCAGCCACCUGAAGCGGCUGCCCAAGAAUCUGAACUGCAAGCUCCAGUGUUGCAGUUGCGAUUGCCCCACGGCCUUGGCCACGGGCUGCUGCCUCAAGCGGCUCACCCUGCACAUUCGCCAGGCUUAG